GUCCUAACAGAAACAAAUAACGAGACGGAUUCGUCCCCGGGUUCCACGAACACGAGUGCGGAUGAACGGUGCGUUAGCAGGAUUCUGGACAUAAUUUACAGAUUCAGAACUGCUUAGGCUUGGCUUUCACUGUUUACCACCUGCGUCAUCGGAGUUGUAGCCGGCCAGCCAUGCCCGCAGGUUGUAGUGUCAGAGCAAUCUGGAUUCUCAACAACCUCGAUGCUGUUGUUUUCUCCAGGAGAUUUCCGGUUGUAGAGAAGCGUUGGCGAUCUGCUUGCAAGAGCGAGAAUGAUAAAUCAAGUGGGGAUGAGUUGAAUUCAAGUGCCAGUGUGUAUUCCAUGUUACCCAGCGACUCCGAGCUCGCUGCUGCAUUUCUAGAAAGAAAGGAUAGGGAAGGAUCUGCGCGUGGGUUUGGCAUGCGCUUAAGCCAAUCAUCUCCCGGAUCGGAUUCUUGGGUUGAUGAUCCCAUUACACGUUAUAUCAUAGGCCUUUACAUUAACAAAGAACAAGAGGGAGAUAAAAAUCUCUUAUGGCCGUUAAUCUUGCACUUAAAAGGGCAUUACGUUAUACUUGUUCUGCCGCUGGUGGAGCCUAGGCAUUUGAAAGGAUAUGCAAAGUUAUGUAAAAGACCUGAUUGUGGAAAUGCUCUUGGGGUGGAUGAUAGUUUGUCUUCGCUCUUGCUUGAUCUUCCAUCGAUCACAGGGGGAUUUAUGGUAGCACAUGUUAUUGGUGACAUAAUUACUGGCGACACAGUAGAACCUGAAGUGGUUGCGAGUACAGCUCCCUCUGUUGGAGGGUUGUUUGAUUCACUAACUGGUAGUAUAGGGAUAUCAGGCAUCUCUUCCAGGGCAAAACCUGUGGCUCCAUCCAUCGCAUCUUCCUCCCCUGCAAGCACAGCUGCAUCUGGAACAGUUAUGGCAGAUACUCUGAAACUUGGGUCCAAGCUUUUUGAUAAAGAUGCACUGCGAACAUUUAUCAGUAGUUCAAUGCCCUUUGGUACACCAUUAGACCUUAAUUAUCCCAACCUUUUUACUAUCAAGGCCAAUGGCUUUUCAGCAUCAGAUGUGCCUUCUACAGACCAGAAGCAACCAGCCUGGAAGCCAUAUCUUUACAAAGGAAAGCAAAGAAUCCUAUUUACGAUUCAUGAAACUGUUAAUGCAGCUCUGUAUGAUAGAGAUGAGAUUCCAGAUAAUAUAUCGGUUUCUGGUCAAAUAAAUUGUCGAGCUGAACUAGAAGGAAUGCCGGAUGUAUCGCUUCCCUUGGCUGGAUUGAACGCCACAAAAGUUGAGUUUUUGUCAUAUCAUCCUUGCACUCAAGUUCGAGAACAAGGUGCAGAUAAGCAGGUUGUGAUGUUUUCUCCACCAUUAGGGAAUUUUGUGUUAAUGCGUUAUCUGGCAACUAGUGCACCUGGACCACCCUUAAAGGGAUUUUACCAGUUGUCAAUGGUCUCUGAGGAUAAAGGUGCCUUUCUUUUUAAGUUGCAUUUGAUGGAAGGCUACAAGGCUCCCUUGACAAUGGAGUUCUGUAAUGUGACUAUGCCCUUUCCUAGGAGGAGGAUUUUGUCUUUGGAUGGGACUCCUUCUGUAGGAACAGUCUCAACUUCUGAUCACUCUGUUGAGUGGAGAAUUGUGACUAGUGGACGGGGACUGUAUGGGAAAAGUAUUGAGGUGACUUUCCCUGGAACAAUCAAGUUUGCUCCAUGGCAACACCAGAGGAUUUCUUCGUCAGUUUCAUCCUAUGUAAGCAGUAUUGAUGAGGAUAGUGACAGUGAGACAGAAAAUGCUAGCAACAUGGUAAAUGAAGAACACUUGAUGGAGAAAAUGAACAAGGAUCUUCCUCCAGUUGAUCUUGAGGAGCCAUUUUGCUGGCAGGCAUACAAUUAUGCUAAAGUUUCCUUCAGGAUUGCGAAUGGUUCACUAACUGGAAUUACCAUUGAUCCUAGAUCUGUAAGCAUCUACCCAGCUGUCAAAGCACCUGUGGAAUUUUCAACUCAGGUUAUUUCUGGGGACUAUAUUUUGUGGAAUACUCUUGGCAAGUGUCCAUACGUUGCCGCAGAAAAAAUGUGAGUACAGGAGUAUGAAUGGCAAUACAUGAGCUUUUGCAACUAAUAGCAAGGAUUCCAUCGGAUGUGUGAUGGAACAUCUGAACUGGCAUCAGCUGAGUAAUUUGAUGACAGUCUAUUGUUGCCAUGUUCAGACAUAUGAUGGCCCUAUUUGUGUCGUGUGGCAUGAUGUGCCGAAAUUUUUGUUGUGGAUUGAAUCGAGAAACAUUAGUCUAAGUGAGGAAUUGAUUGAACUUGUAUUACUUGUAGUAGACAGAUUGAUUUUCCAUUUGCAACAGAGUUUUUCUGUGGAUCACAUUGAUUGGGACUAUCUCAUGUUAGGCUUUCCUGAUGUUUA